AUGGCUAAAACAUCAGAGAAACAUCACUUUUUUGGGUUCAGAGGAGGAUGGCUCACAUUCUGGAUCACAGUUGCUUGUGCAACAGACAUGAUGCUCUUUGGCUACGAUCAAGGAGUCUUCAGUGGUGUCGUUGUCACUCAGGACUCUCCUCAACUUCACAACCUCGUCGGUCCUGCGAAGACCAAUCUUCUCGCAACAGUAACAUCAAUUUACGACAUUGGCUGUUUCUUUGGAGCACAGAUGAUUGUUGGACGUAUCGUCUUGGGAAUUGGCAAUGGUAUCAAUACUGCCACCGCGCCGAUUUGGCAGUCAGAAACCGCUCAAGCGAGAUGGGGAGGUAAACUCGUUAUUCUUGAGAUGGCCAUGAACAUUGCUGGUUUCUACCUCGUCAAUUGGAUCAACUAUGGUCUUUCAUUUGUUGAAGGAUCUGUCGCGUGGCGAUUCCCUCUUGCGUUUCACUUCGUCUUUAUCUUUGUCUUGUUUGCUACUGUUCCCUGGCUUCCACAGUCACCGCGAUGGCUCAUCGCCCAUGGUCACACUGGAGAGGCAACCGAAAUUCUGGCCUAUAUAGAAGACAAACCCAUAACGUCACCGAUUGUCACGGCUCAACUCCACGAGAUCCAGUACAGCGUCGACUAUGAACGCUUACACACUAUCAAAUGGAAAGACAUUUUACUACGCCGCAACAAAGACACAUCUGAUACAAAGACCCUUUGCCGUCUUCUCCUCGGCACAGAUACACAACUAAUGCAGCAAUUCUACUUGACUAGGAAAAGAAGGCUUGAAUUAGAAAAGUCUAGGCUAGAGGAAAGAGGGCUAUUCAUAAUAGUCCUCUGGGACAAUUGCCUGAUAAUACCGUCCCGGCUGCCUUGCUGCCUAGGUAUAUGCAGGCCUAGCCAACAAUUCUCUGGUAUAAACAUCAUGAGCUACUACAUGCCCACCAUUCUAAUUAACAGCGUCGGUCUGACAGAAAGAAUGACUCGUUUACUCUCCGCCUGCAACGCGGUGUCUUACCUCGUCUUCUCUUCCGCAGCCAUCCUUCUCGUUGAGAGAUGGGGGCGAAGAGGACUCAUGUUGCUCUCCACGGCUGGACAUCUUUUGCCGUUCUUGAUCAUCACUAUACUCCUACGGUAUGCAGUUGGCGAUAAGAAGGAAGCGCUGGGGUCAGCUUCUGUGGCCUUUUUCUUCUUUUACUUUAUCUCAUUUGGCGUAGGCAUGUUGGGUGUUCCAUGGCUGUACCCUACCGAAGUAAAUUGA